AAGAAGGAGAAUGUUAUUCUCAUUGGUCUCAUGCCAGGGCCCAAGGAAGCAAAGACAAGUGAGAUCAAUCACUACCUCCGUCCCCCUGUCGUGGAACUCAACCAGUUGUAUGGCGGUGUGGUGAUGCCUACCGUACAGUGCCCAUCUGGUGCUCUUGUCUGUGCUGCACUUCUUGUUGCCUCCAACAUUCCUGCUGCCCGUAAGACUUGUGGGUUCACCUCUCAUUCAAGCACAUACUCCAAUGCUGUGGACUACUCUGGGUUCGUGUUUUCUGAGUGGGUGCCUCGCACUGAUGCCAAAAACCGCUGUGAUGCCAAGUUGUGGAGAAUGGCCAGCAGUGAUGCACAGAGAAAGAGAUUGGAGAGGGAAAAUGGUGUCCGAUGGUCAGAAUUGCAUGACCUGGUUUACUUUAACCUCGUGGAGUGCACUGUCAUCGAUCCAAUGCACAACCUGUACCUUGGAACAGCAAAG